AAAAAAGUACACCAAUGUUAUGAUUAAAAUUACUUAAUCAUUUUUAUUUUAUUUUGAUUUGCGCAAUACACUUAUAAAAUGGCACUUGGCCCUGGUUCUGCUUUAAAAACCACUUCUGUUUUGCAACAGCUUUUAGAGGAAAUAAAUUUUCAAAGAACUAAAGAAAUGAGACAACUUCUAAAAGAUGAUUCUGGAUUUGUAAUUUUGCAAGGCACAACAUAUUGGACAGAUUUAUUUGUUCGUCAUUUCUUAUUCCAAACAGAGCAGCAAAAUACCAUUGAUUGUGAUGAUUUAUUAUUUUUUGUUAGGAAAAAACAUGUUAAAGGCACAUCUAGGUGUCAUCCUAAAUUUGAGACCGAUGUAGAUGUUUUUCGCAAAGAUUCUCGAAAACUACCUAUUGGUGAUCCUGAUAUUGAUUGGGAAGAAACUGUUUAUUUAAACUUAGUCAUUCAUCAGUUUGAUUAUACUUUGACGCUUGCAAUUUGUACUAGAACAUCACCUAAGGAGUUACAAGUUCUGAAAAGACAUUCUCAGAAGGUUUAUGCCUCACCAAGCAGACGUAAAAUGGACACCAAAGGGGAAGGUGAAGAAAUGACCUACCCACACAUUUGUUUUAUGGUUGAUAAUUUUGAUGAAGUUUUCUGUGAUAUUCUUGUUCGUGAUGGUGAAAUGGUCUGUGUAGAAUUAGUUGCUAGAGAUAGAGAUGGUUCUGUACAAGGUGUCAUAUUUCUUGGUUCAAUCAGAUAUGAUGCACUGAAGAAAGUGUAUGAUGCCAGACAAUCUAGUCUUAGUACCAAAGUAGCGCAGCGUAUGACAUUUGGUCUAUUUUCGAACUCGGCUACGCAACGUUGUGAAUUUGUUCGAAUGAAAGGUCCUCAGGGCAAAGGACAUGCAGAGAUGGCUGUCACAAAACCUCGGGGAUCAGGAGUAGAAACACCCACUAGCGAACCCGGAUUUUGUAUAACUGAUGGCUGGGAUGAAUGGGAUGAGAAUCCGGAAGAAUUUUACAAUUAUAGACAUCAGAGAAGGCUUAGUGACCCAAGCGCCAAUCUUAAUAACUUUACCCGCGGCGGGUGGAAAACUAAGCCGGACACAAUCGGCGCUAAAUGUCGGUCAGAAAAUGAAGGACUCGACUCUCUUGAGAAUGGGAUGUCUGAAAUAGAAGCUGGGGAUUUACGAGAUGAACUGGACGACGGAGCACACAACCCAUUGUGGGCUAUGCGAGGUUUCACUCAGACUUUCCAUUUUUGGAAAGAGAACAGACGACAACAAUCUACACCUCUGAACGCCUUUUUAACGUAUGUUACGCUACCUUGGUGGAGCAUAGCUAAAGAUAUACUGGAUAAUCGCGAAGGACCCAUUCUAACAUUCUAAGCAACUUGAUAAACGUUUUACUGCGAUGACUAAUUGUAAGAGAAUUUAUAAAAAAUAUUCAUAAAAUAUAUGUAGCUGUGUACUUUAAAGUUUGGGUCAAUA